AUGAAGAUUCUACUGCUAGCAGUGGGACUGACCCUGGUCUGUGGCCUUCAGGCUGUCAAUAACAAUGCAGAAGACUCACCAAAGGUUACUGGGAAGUGGUUCACUGUUGCAUUGGCAUCAAAUGUGACAUCUAAGAUUGAGGAAGGAGGCAGCUUACAGAUAUUUGUUGAAAGUAUCAGUGAAAAUGAUGGUAUUAUUUAUGGAUACUUCUUUAAAAGGGGAAAUGGCAAAUGCACUCCAUUUUCUGUGACUGUUUUCACAGUAGAAGGUGGUCAAAUGUUCGUACAAUACGAUGGAGACAAUUAUUUCACCAUUCAAAGUAUAGACUAUGAACAUUUGAUACUUAUUUUGUAUAAUACCAAAGAUGGGGAGGUGACCGUUUGGGGAGAACUCUUCGGCCGGACUGCAGAUCUGUCUGAUGAAAUAAAGAAAAAAUUUGAGGAAAUAUGUGAAAGAUUUGGAAUUAGGAAGGAUCAAAUUAGAGACCUGUCCAAAGAUGAUCGAUGUCAGGAGCUUAGGUAA